ACCUCCGCUGGGCGCAUGCGUCCCUUCCUUUCCCACGGUGGAAGAGACGCCACUUCGCUUCCUUCCGCUUUGAUGCCUUUUGGCCCCAGCGACUCGCCGUUGUCCAGGCUGAGGCGUUCACUAGUUGAGGUGAUGGCGACUGGGACACCAGAUUCGCAAGCGCGAUUCGGUCAAUCCGUGAAGGGGCUCCUCACAGAGAAGGUGAACACCUGUGGGACGGAUGUGAUCGCGCUCACCAAGCAGGUGCUGAAAGGCUCCCGGAGCUCUGAGCUGCUAGGUCAGGCGGCUCGAAACAUGGUCCUGCAGGAAGAUGCCAUCUUGCACUCAGAAGAUAGUUUAAGGAAAAUGGCAAUAAUAACAACGCACCUUCAAUACCAGCAAGAAGCUAUUCAGAAGAAUGUUGAGCAGUCUUCUGAUCUACAGGACCAGUUGAAUCAUCUGUUGAAAUAGAAUGGCUUGUAAGCAGGAAAAGCACUUCUUUGCCUGACACUGAGAAGGAAAUAUUUUAUUCAAUUACUGUCCUGUGGGUUUACAUUUUCCAUUUUCUUCUCCAAAAGUUAAGUUAGAAAAGAUUUGUGAUGGUCUACAGUUUCCUCUGAAGAGAAGCUGGGUGGUUGAAUUUUGGAAGUACUCUUAAAGCAGACUAACCCAUGCUCUUACUGAAUUUUUUAAUUGCUCUGUUUAGUUUUAUGUUAAAGCAAAAUAAAAAAGAUCUUAGUUUUUCCCACAGAA